GAAAACCUCCUGUCAGUUACGGAGCACCAAAGAAUGAUUCUCAAAUGAGCUGUUUAAAUUGAUGAACCGUUACAAAUUGUACCAUUUUUAGAUCUAAGUUUCCCAGAUUUUCCAAAAAACCCCAGGCUAAAUCCCAAAAAAAAAAAACUCAAUUAUUAUAAUAUUAGGUAGAGAGAGCUUGACAAAAUACAAACAACAUUAGCACCAUAAAUGCUAACUACUGUCAGAGUGAGAGUAUAAAAUGCCAUAGGACCUUGAUUUAUUAUUCACAAGGAUUUCUUGUGGUUCUGUUUCAAGAGAAUCAAAGAAACCAAAUCUCUCUCUCUCUCUUUUUAGUUUACAAAAUACUUUUAUUUUUUAUAUCUUAUUUUAUAAUCAGUGGACGAAUAUUAUCAAAAACAAUGCUUGUUCAUAGAGAAAAAGAAAAGAUGCUGAACAACAAUGAUGAAAAUAAUGCGGCUGGAGAUGGGGAUGGGGCGGAGUUAAACCUAGGUGCACCACCUCCAUUCAAAAUAGCAGAUAUUAGAAAUGCAAUCCCAAAACAUUGCUGGGUUAAAGAUUCUUGGAGAUCUAUUAGUUAUGUUUUUAGGGAUGUUGUUGUUGUUUUUGGGUUUGCUGUUGUUGCUGCUUAUUUCAAUAAUUGGUUUCUUUGGCCACUUUAUUGGAUUGCUCAGGGUACCAUGUUUUGGGCUAUCUUUGUUCUUGGUCAUGAUUGUGGACAUGGAAGCUUUUCGGACAACCCAAAGCUUAACAACAUUGUAGGCCACUUGCUUCACUCCUCAAUCCUUGUUCCAUAUCAUGGAUGGAGGAUUAGUCAUAGGACUCAUCAUCAGAAUCAUGGACAUAUUGAGAAUGAUGAAUCAUGGCACCCUUUGUCUGAAAAGAUAUACAACAGUUUGGACUUUAUGACAAAGAAGUUAAGGUUCACCUUUCCAUUUCCCUUGCUUGCAUACCCAAUAUAUCUGUGGACUCGAUCUCCCGGAAAAUCAGGUUCACAUUAUCACCCAGACAGCGGUCUGUUCACUCCAAAAGAGAAAAAUGAUGUUGUAACCUCCACAUUUUGUUGGUUAGCAAUGGUUGUAUUGCUCUUGGAAUUGUCUUUUGUCAUGGGUCCUAUACAGGUGCUCAAGCUCUAUGGUGUUCCCUAUGUGAUUUUUGUCAUGUGGUUGGACUUGGUGACUUACUUGCAUCACCAUGGCCACGAUGAAAAACUUCCUUGGUACCGUGGUGAGGAAUGGAGUUACCUUCGCGGAGGGCUUACAACAAUUGAUCGCGAUUAUGGAUUGUUAAACAACAUCCAUCAUGACAUAGGAACUCAUGUCAUUCACCAUCUUUUCCCUCAAAUUCCACACUAUCACUUAAUUGAAGCAACAGAAGCAGCAAAGCCAGUUCUUGGGAAAUACUACCGCGAACCAAAGAAGUCUGGGCCUCUUCCACUAUACAUAUUCAGUAUUCUCUUAAACAGCCUAAAGAAAGAUCAUUAUGUUAGCGACACAGGAGAUGUUGUCUACUAUCAAACAGACCCAAAACAUCUGUAGUCUGACUUGACCGAUUCAAACAACUACCAAAGAUCAAUUCUUCGAGAUCAUUUGCUGUGAUGUCCGAGAUAUAAGCAUGUUUAAUGUUUAGUUUCUUUGGUAAAUUAGUAUGUAAUCCAAACUAUUGGAAUGUUUAUCGCCUAAACCAGUAAAGGUUCAGUAUGGUAAAUGUAUCUGUUGGUGGUAGUUGCCUUGCCUAAAGCCUAACUUAUUCGGCAAAUACACAUUUUCAUUCAGGUUUAUACUUAGUAUAACUCGAUUUCUAAUGAACAUGUAUUUGGAUAAUUCAGUAUCUAAUUUAAUCAACAAAUGAUGCAUGUUCCUGCA